AUGGAAGGAGAGCGUGUAAAAGGAGAAGUGAAUAGAAAGAUGGAGCCAAAGCAGAAAUGUAAUGAUGAUUGGCGUCUCAGUUCCAAUGGCCCUUGGGGUGUACUCUGCAUGACUCUCUUUCUUGUUACUAUUGGUGUACACUAUAAGGCACUCUGUAAUGAUCGCACCGAUUUAUCACUUCCAGAACUCAUGACAGCAAUGGAGGCGCAGUGUCGAUCUCUUGGCCCUGCCUUUGAACAGCCCGUACCGGAGGCACUCUUAUUACAUCCCGUAGAAACACAAUUUGGAAUUGCUGUUUGGGUGGAGAAUGAAACGUGGGCAUUACCAGUACAUGAUACAUUAGAUCAUAUUGAGAAAGUAGUGAAGAGUGAACAUGUAGAGGAUGGAACAGAUGCGACGCAUAGAGGAAAGUUCAUUCAACGUAUUGUUCGUGUGGCUUCAUUUCCACAUAAUAACCCUCACACAGUAGGCAAUAAUGGUGGUGAUAAUAAUAAUAAUAAUAAUAAUAAUAAUAGGAAUAGUCUCAGUAGCCGUAGUAAUGGAGAUGACAGGAAUGCAUUAGCUGCCACUGCGGCUACUCAGCAACUUGGAUUGGGUGUGGCCAAACACGCCUACGCAUUAGAUCUGCGGGAGGAACUUCACAUGCACGGCGUGAGUUUCUUUCUCGCCCCAACCCAAUCCGCAGAGUCCGCACAUGUGCGGUGUUUCUCCUUUGAGGAUCGACAGGCGUACUGCACUGUGCCGGCGAAUGCCACCGCGGCGUGGCUGCAGCGUGAAGUCUCCGCCGCUGUUGCGACGCUCACGGCGCGGUGGAUGAAUCUCCGCAGUUUUCGCGAUGUGAAUGCCGUGCGGCAGUGGGCGUUGGGCCGGCAAGUGCGUGGCUGUCAGUACGCGAUGCGGGCCUUGCAGCAACUGCAGCUGUCGGUGAAUGCCCAUCCGGAGAUGCCGGCACCGUACGGAGUGCGGGCCACCGUGCGGCGACUGCAGCGGUUAAUUGAUGAGAAGAGAUUCGCACAAUUUGCCCGAGCGGCGGAUGAUCUGCAGUUUCACCCGCUCUUACUGCCGCAGUUGUAUAUACCGUGGGAUCAGGCAUUAGUGAAUCACUUAUCUAUAUUGUUGCCUGUGGUUGGGAUGGGAAUACUGGGCGUGCGGCUGACCAUCAGCGCCCAUCGUGCCAAGCGGCGACGGGCAAAACUUCAACUUGAGACAACAGUGGAUGAUAAGAAGGAACAAUAA